AUGACUGACCCUCGCCCAUAUCACGUCCUCACCUACGGCACCCUUCUGGGUACCCAGUUCUUCCAGUCCUUUGUAGGUGGAAUAGUCGCCUUCCGCGCCCUGCCGCGCCCGCAGUUUGCCACUUUACAGACCGCCAUCUUCCCUAUCUACUUCUCUUUGCAGACUGCCCUGCCCGUGGCCGUAGCUCUGACGGCCAGCCGAGGUGGAAAGGCUCUGGGUAUCUCGGGCCUUGCCGCCCCAGAGAACCGCCUCAAUACCUUGCUGCCCUUGGCCACCGUCGCCUUGACCGGAUUGAUCAACAUGUUCUGGCUGCGUCCGUUGACGACCAGAAUCAUGCGCGAGCGGAAGCAUCAAGGUACCUACUUCCUUUUCAAGAGCAUAAUGCUCCAAAUCUUGUGUCCAAGACUGACCUUAUUAGAAACCCGUGACGGGAAGAAGAGCUACGACCCUGCUCCCCACUCCAAGGAGAUGGUCGCUCUGAACAAGCGCUUCGGUCGAGUGCACGGCAUGUCCAGCCUGGUCAACAUGGUCAGCCUCAUUGCCACCGUCUGGUACGGAGCUGUGCUGAGCAAGCGUCUGGAGUAA